AUGCAGAGCAAUGCCAGCGGGCAGGGGAAGAAGCUCCAGAGCCCCAAGGGGCCGGAGGGGCAGAGCCGCUCGAGGUUCUGGACGGAGCAGGAGCACGAGCGGUUCCUGGAGGCCAUGAAGAUCUUCGGCUACGGGAACGCGCAGGACAUCGCGAGCUACGUGGGGACCAGGAGCGUCACCCAGGUGCGCACGCAUGCGCAGAAGUACUUCAUGAAGCUCUGCAAGGGAGCUGUUCCCAAUGAGAGCUCGCUGGGGUGA